ACAUGCGCGUCAGAUUGCAAAUGAGUUGUAAAGUUGUAUUGGGAUGAAAGAUGGAUCAUUUGUUGGGAGCACCGAGAUGAAGUUGAAAUGAAAGAAGAGGGAUGCUGAAGAGUGUGGUCAGUGGAUGUAUUUUUUUGACAUUCUCUGGAUGUCUUGCUGAAAGCAGGUGGGUCAAAAGGUCGCAGCGGCCACGUCCCUCAUAGAAGGGGUGGACGAGGAUCUGAAAACGAUCUGAGGGAGGAUCCGCAUCCUUCUGCACCGAUAGUGUGCGCCUGCGCCUGCGGCCACAGUAGAGAGGAGAGAACGGCCGAAGUGAGUCGGAAUCACUCGUCGGGAGAAAAUAUCCGGGAUAAGCGAUCGCCAUCUUGUGAGGCUCCCCAUGGAUUCGCAAAGCCAGGAUAGACGAGGGGGCCCUUAAAAGAGGGCCGCCGCUACCGGGAGGGGCAUGCGCCCUCCACUAUUCGGGCACCAUCAGCUUCGACCCCCAUCAAAGAUGGCGGGCCCUGUUCUUCCUACCGGAGUAUGAUCGCCUCUCGGCUCUGCAGGAGAUCCACGGAGGCGGUCGCGCAGGUGGGGGGCCCCCCCGGCGGCCGCCGCUAGCCGGGGCCCCCGCCUGCUAUGUGGACGGGUGCCCCGAUCCGGACUAUUGUCCCCGCUCCCCUGCCCCUAGUUCCUAUUCCAAUGAACUAUGAGAUUUGAGCAUGGGAGUCUUCGCAUAGAGUGUAUCGCUGCUCUGAUCCUGCUUCUUCUGUGCCGCCGAAUCGCUGCUGCCCGGUCAACACCGUUCAGGACCUUCCGACAGUGCCUUUAUUUGGACGAGGACGUGGGGCCUUGGGACGCUUGUGGGCCCCAAUCCCAACACGUGCGCCUCCGCUUCUGCAACGCCUACGAGUUGGCCCGUCUCAUAAAUAAAAACUCCUGUGACGCCCGGGCCCUCGACCUACUACGUGAACUGGACAACAAGGCGCAAAGGGAGGUCUGCCGAUUCCGCCAACUACUUGACAGGUACGACUGCGAGAACGCCUACUCUGUCUCCUGGAUGUGCCGAGACUGUGCGGAGGCCUAUAAACAGUGGGUGUGCGCUAUGUACCUGCCUGAGUUACUGGUGGAGGGUGAGGGUUUGAAACCCUGUCGGUAUAUCUGCCGCCUAGUGGAACAAAAAUGUCCUUAUUUUCACCCUAGCGUCAAGGAUCAGUACGCGGGUGAACGGGUAUUCAAGUGCAUAGAUCCGGAUAUUCCAGAUCUGGAGAGUUUCCAAGAGGCUUGGUCGUAUGGUCCGCCCAACAGAUGCUACUGUCCGCAACAUCUGGGCCUUGAGCAUGACUCUGGAGAGGCGGAAUGCCGCCAUCUCACACCUGCCCAGUUGCGGUGGAAUGCCUCCAGAAGGGGGCAGCACAGGUCAGGGGGAGCCCCUGGAAGGCCUGUACUAUUAUGGACUUUGAUGGCGACACUAAUGGCGGCUUGGUGGACAAUGACCAGGUAGCAUUCCAGACAUCGAAACCAACAGAUUGAGCCGACCGUCCGUCUGUCCACGGAAGAUGGCACCCUCACACCAGAGUCCGCUUACUCGGCGCUCAAGGGCGCAUAUGGAGAUGUGGAGCAGCGACAAAUUCCAGCAUCGAACCCUCCACAAGACAGUCAGCAACGAGAAUUUUAUAAAAAAAUUUUAAACAAAAAUGUGUUGGUUUCGCUGCCAAGGAGCAGCCCGGAUGCAGGAUCUGUGGAACGAGAAGACGGACGGGACAGCGACUCGCUGUACAUAGUCCGUGGACCGUUGUACAUAAAUACAGAAGAGAAUUCUAUAUAUGCAUUAUAUAUCUAUUACAUCAAAAACAAACAAACAAACAAAAAUAAAAAAAAGCCGGAACUCCACCAACUGUAUUGUUCGUAUCAUUUAGAAAAGUGUGCUUAGGAGCCCAAAUCCGGAACAUUCUAGCGCCAAAAACCGUCACACAAGCAACAUAUACAAGUACUGUUCCAGAAUAUAUAAAAAAUGAGGUGCAAAAUAGGGGUCAAAAUAAGUGCAAAGUAUAACGUAAUCCGUGUCUAUUCACGAUGGUUGCCUCUAAUAAUCAAAAAAAAGUAUAUUUAUAAAUGUUUCUAAUUCUAGCAAAAAGGUCCCAAAAAGUGUUUGCUCAACUUAAGCCUAACGAGGUUUACUAAGAUGUAAUGUUAAGAAGCAAUCGUUAGUAUGAGUGUUGAAUCCAAAGUUGUGUUUGUGAAAGUGUGUUUAAUUAAAAACUCUAUAUUCCUCAUUGGCUUGCAACGCAAUUGUUUGUCUGCCCUUGCGCAGAUCGAACAGUUCCCUUGCUCAAAGCAUUCACCUAUGCAAAAUGAUCUUACAGAAAGCAUCCACCAGAUGGAGCUCCUAUGCAAUUUACAUCGUAUGGUAUUGUUCUAUGUUUAGUUCCUUAUUGGUGAGUUCUUAGCGUUCUUAAACAAAUUUUACUGUAGUGUUCAACUUAACUUAAUAUCAGCUACUUGCUGAGAAGGACCAUCAAUGCCUCCAACUAUGAAAAGACAAAAAAAUAUAAUAUAAUUAAAUAAUUAAUAUGAUAAAGGGUAACAACAAAAAAAAAGUUAUUUUCUUACUAAGACAAAAAAGAAUAAAUAAAAUAUGGAUGGUGAGACUCGUAGCCUUUCAUACCUCGGUUUGGCGUCUUAAAGAAACUCGGUUUGGGCCCAUUCGUUAUAGCCGCGCGUAGAGACAUUUGCGUCCAGUCUCUUGUACCAUAUGGAAACUUUGUAUGACUUUUAUAUAUUACACGCAGAUGAAAAAUUCUACAGCGUAGACAUCCUUCCUGUACAGUCCUUCAUCUGUAAUCAUCCU